AUGCGUCGUGAAUUGUGAUCCUGACGACCUCUUAGUCGUCACGAGCUGACACGACUUGCGAUCAAUGCGGGGUUGCUGACGAUCAUCUUAUCUUCACGGUCCGAGAAUCCGAGAUUCACCAUCUCGAGUGCCCCGAGGUGCCUUCUGAGUCUAUUUUUGAGGCGCCUCAAAAAUUGACCAUCUCGAGUGCCCCGAGGUGGCUUCUGAGUCUGCUCGAAAGUGAUCCUAACCGAAAGUCUUCACGGUCCGAGUUUGACCGACUCGAGAGUGCACCGAUCACCUCUCGAGAGGGAUGGCGCUCGUGCUUAUCUGCGGCCAGCCGUGCAGCGGCAAGUCCACAGUAGCGAGGCAGCUUGUAGCGGCUCUCGAGGCUGCUAUUAACGAGCAACAGAACAGCUCUCCCAGCGAUAGAAGACUAAGUGUCAUCCUCCUAGGCGAGGAGCAGCUCCACAUUGGCCGAGACGAUGGCUACCAAAACAUGGUGGCCGAGAAGAACGUGCGGGGAUCGCUGCGAUCUGAAGUGGAUCGUGCGGUCGGCAAGGAUCGAAUCGUGAUCGUCGAUUCGCUAAACGCCAUCAAGGGUUACCGAUACGAGCUGUGGUGCCUGGCUCGCGCUGCUGCCACCAAAUACUGCGUGGUGCAUUGCGACGUGGCAGCAGAGACAGCAAGGGAGUGGAACGAAAGGCGUAGAGAGGCAGGCGAGCCUUGCUACUCCCCCCAUGUGUUGGACGAUCUGUUGGGUCGAUUCGAGAGGCCUGAGGGGCGCAACCGAUGGGACUCCCCUCUGUUUGAAGUACACCCUGCUUCCGAUCAAGCAGCAGAGGAGGCAGAGGGGAUGACAGGGGAGGUGGUGGCACUGCUGGUGGGAGGAAGAGGAGCAGCUAGCGGACAGGGGCGAGCAGGUCGGGCCCUGCAGCCAACCGUCGCCACACAAACAGCUACACAUUCAGAUGCCAACGUGCUUUAUGUAAUGGACCGAGCCACCAAGGAGGUGGUAUCAGCUGUAAUGGAUGCUCAGGCAUCGCUUGGAGGUGCCACAUCAGCAUUCACUGUAGAUUUGGGGGAAAACAAUAAGAUCGUGUUGCGGCGUCCUAUUGGUCUUCCAGAAUUGCAACGGUUACGUAGGACAUUUGUUCGUCUUGCUGGGCAAGCUGCUUUAUCUGGGAAUGCACCACCCAAGGAUGCAUCGUCAGCAAAGAGGUUUUUUGCUGAGUAUAUGGUGAGAGAGGUUACAUGAUGUAAUUAAUGCUUCUAUUCAUG